ACAGCCAGGGGCGGACUGACAAGUCAUGGGGCCCCCGGGCAAUAGGGGAUCAUGGAGCCCCUGUGUCCUCACCCACACACUCAAACCACACCCACCAAAAAAGCCUAUGAAAGGUACCAGGGGCAUCUCAUGGGGCCCCCUACUGACCCUGGGCCCUGGGGCGGAGCCCGAGUGCUCAAAUGGUCAGUCCUCCCCUGGUCCUGGAGGAGAGCAUGGGAGGAGGUGACACAGGAACAAGAGAGCAGAAGAUACUACAAAUGAGUGCUGGACUGAAGCAUCUUCAAUCUCACAACUCUAGAUCGCGAUUACCAUUUAUCUAUCACCUGUUCACAAAAC